UAGCAGCUCACCUUCUCGCCAAGGCUCCCGCCGAAGCUUUUCCCUCCUCUGCGAACUGGGCGCCCCCGCCCUGUUCUGUAGCGCCCUGCAUCUCCCCCAGCCCGGGGGCCCUUCCUGCGUUUCCUCAGUGGUGCGCUCAUCCAGGGGACUUUCUAUUUGUUUGUUUCCCCCCCUUUCCCUCUUUGUUGCUCUGAAACCAUUCUAGCCGAAACCCCCACCACCCCGGAGGGAGUUCGACUUGUGGAGACAGGCUGCUGGCCGCGGACAGCACCCGCCCCUCCUGCGGACCCGAAAGCCGGGGCGCCCAGCCCGUGUGCCCUACCCGGCGCCUGCGUUUGUUCGCCGGAGGAAGCCAGCCGAGAGUUCAUUGAUGCACCCAUUCCAGUGGUGUAACGGGUGUUUUUGUGGCCUGGGACUGGUUAGUACCAACAAGUCCUGCUCCAUGCCACCCAUCAGUUUCCAAGACCUUCCCCUCAACAUCUACAUGGUCAUCUUCGGCACAGGCAUCUUUGUCUUCAUGCUCAGCCUCAUCUUCUGCUGCUAUUUUAUCAGCAAACUCCGGAACCAGGCCCAGAGUGAACGAUACGGCUAUAAGGAGGUGGUGCUUAAAGGUGAUGCCAAGAAGUUACAGUUAUAUGGGCAGACCUGUGCAGUCUGUCUGGAAGACUUCAAGGGGAAGGACGAGCUAGGUGUGCUCCCAUGCCAACAUGCCUUUCACCGGAAGUGUCUGGUGAAGUGGCUGGAGGUGCGCUGUGUCUGCCCUAUGUGUAACAAGCCCAUUGCUGGGCCCUCAGAGGCCACUCAGAGCAUUGGCAUCCUCCUGGAUGAGCUGGUGUGAAUGCUGCCUCUACACCACGGCCUGGAGAAGACCUCUUGCCUCAUGGGUGCCUGGCCCCUCUGCACAGCUACCGCGAACCAGACUUGGGUGGUGACUGACGUGCUUACCGGAAGGAGCAGUGAUGCAGGGCUGGUCUCCCACCAUCGGGUGAGGCCAGAGUUGCCCCACCUUCCCACCUCCUGAAGCCUUCUUCCCUGCUACUCAGAACGGAUGGUGUCACCCAGCAAGAACACUGUGUCCUGGUACUGGACCCUCUACCUGCCUGUCCCUGCUGGGGAAGCCGGGGAAGGCAAUCCACUCCCAUCGGCCGAGAACUUGUGUUCGCCCCUUGAGAAUUCCCCUUGGGAGGACUGGCUGCCCUGACCUAGAGGAAGGGAGGAGGUGGGCCCUGCCCCACCUGUCACGUCCCUCCCCUCUUCACUCCUUCCACAGGAAGGUGAGGAGGGGAGGAAGGAACCAUCAAGGAACCAAGUGCCUCCAGUGGAAGUGAGGGAGGCCCUGUAGGAAAUCAGGAAAAACAGGGACCCAGAGAAAGGAGUCGAUGUUUACAUGGGGCCUAUGGAAAUAAAGGCUUGGCCUGUAGGCCUGCUGACUACAGGGUAGUGGGGGGCAAAUGCCUUCCCUCUGCUAGGGUCUGAGGUGCUAUCUAUUCACCGUCUUCCUCAGCUGAUCUCAGAGCUUCCUAUUCCGUUUUGGGGUUUGAGUGCCCCUCCAGAGGAAGGGCUGAUUCUACACUCAAAUAAAUUCCCAGGGGCUUUUUCUAAAGGAGCAGAAGGGGCCUGGGGAUGGGGGUGUCUGAAGGUUAAGGAAGCAACAGAUACCUUCUUCCCCUCUGUAAAUAGUAUUUUUAUACUUCGUCCUCACCAUCUCAGGCUUUGUAUACGGAAUCUCCUGAAUGGAGGGGGCGGGGCUUCCUCUCUCCCCCUCCGGAGUAGGUGAGCAUGGGAUAAAGGUGUGUAUUUAAAGAAAAUUAAAUUUAAUAACAAGUUUC